GGAGGAAGUUCUGACGCGUUGAGAAGAGGAGAGCCGCCAAAAACAAAAACAGAAACAAACAUUACGCCUAAAAUACUCUUCUGGAGCUUUAUUUUAUCGCGGAUUCCAAGAUAAACAUUACAAACAAUGGAAAAUGUAUCAGCAAAAGGAGUUUUGGGUCAUUUGAGUUUCCUGGAGGCCCAGUCGAAACAAAAGAAAACCGGAGCACAGCCACAGAGUCGAGAGCAGGAGCUGAAGACUAAAGUGGAGGAGCUGAAGAAGGAGAGAGACAGACUGAGAGCCGAGAUAGACGUGCACAAGAAUCUCCAAAAGCUGAGAACAUCUUUGGACAAUAAUGAAGACGUGGAAAUGGACGAUGAUUCAGAAAACACAAAACUCCUGAUUCUGAUGGCGAAACAAACUCAACUCAAGGACGUGCUGUUGGCUCAUCACCUCAUGGGAGGUUAUGACGCUAUCAAGACUAACCAGGACAAAUCCCUGUGUUUCUCUCUGGCCACCGCGUAUCAGGGCGCCAUUCUGGACACUUAUAACAUUGAAAUAAGCGUGAGCCAACCCCUGAGAAUUAUACGACACAACAUCCCUCCGUUUAUCCCUGUGAAGGCUCUGGCUGAAGAGACGAACGUGCAGAAAAACAUCCGAGGCUUUUUGGACACUCUGAGCCUCCAUCUCAACGCUUUCGCCGCACGCAAGCAACAAGUCAAACUCGUGAAGGAGCGUCACCCGUCGGUGGAGGUGUUGGAAACUAACGCCCUGUGCUCUCUCCUGGUCCUGAUGCUGACGGAGCCACAGACAAACACGGCUCUGCUCUGUUCACUCGAGUAUUUAGACCACACCAGGAGCCUGCCCACACGCGUCUCCGUACAGUGUGAAGAGACGGAUCUGUCUAGCUCCCCCCAGUGGCAGAAGAACAAAGCGCUGCUCCAGGACACUCCAGUCCACGAGGCUUUACUGAUCAUGAGGAAAACUGGACACAUCAAUUAAAACCAUUUACACCAAACAAACGAGGACACAAUAUUUCAACUCUUAAACUGUACACUGAGGUAUUUCAUAUAACAAAAAAAAAACACAACUUUGUCUAAUCUCUGUAGUUUAAACUGAGCUGGGGACAGGUCAGAAUUCUCAGGUGGAGUUUGCUGUAACUGUCAGAUUUCAGAUUUGUUGACCUGGUUUAUGUUUAUGGUUUAUUUACAAAGUAGAUUUUUAACUUUCUACCAUGCUCUAAUGUUGUUCCCUCAUCAAAAACAUGCCUGAAGAAGUUUUAAAUGUCAUCCAUGCACAUUUCAGUAAUCUAGUGAUCUCUCCUGGGCCCCAUUCAAACCGUCCUUACAUUUAGCUGUAAGAUUUUGUACAAAGCUCCGCCCACAAAGCCUACAUCUCCCAUUCACACGACAAUUCUCUGUAAAUAUACAAAAACAUGACACAAAACUGUACACAACUACUUCACAAACCUGACGCGAUGUGCAGUAGUUUCAUUAAUGGGAUGCACGCUGAUUUUGCUGUGGUGGCGCUCUGAAGGGGGAGUGACUUAGCAAAGAGAGCAAAGGGAGAGGAGACCCAGAAACGAAAAUGAACAUUAUAAAAGAUAUUAAUACAUACUUUUUUUUGGCAAAAUACAGUAUUUUUAAAUCAAUAAAAGGGAACAUGGGGAUCCAAACAUGUAUCUGUUUGUACUUAAUAUCCCAUAGAAGGAAAAUACAGCCUUUAUAACUGCAGAGCGCUAGUUUGUCCUUUUAAAACUGUGGUUGAGAAAUGAACUCUGUAUAAUCCAGCCAAAGUAGUGCUUUUCCCUGGCAGGUCCGACCAAGCCAGGCAGUUUUCAGGAUAGAGGUCAGUCUAAAAGCAGCAGUGCCGUCACCCAUUGGCAGGAGACUUACUGGAUGAAGACUGGGCUGAUAUAUUUGUCAUACGAAUGGUGUUUCUGUUUAUGCAAAUUAGGACAUAUUGAGUAAGAGUGGAGCUCUUCAGACAGAUUCAAAUUAUGUUCAAAAGAAACUUGUAAUACAAAAAAACUUACUUUGGGGUGUAUUUUGGGCAUAUUUGAUUGUUGUAUAGCUCAUUUGUAUAUUAAAAUUCAUUUUCAAACCAACUUGUAAUACAAAAAAUGUGACUUUUCAUGUCUACUUUCAUUGUGUAAAGUUUCAUUUUGUAAAGGCAGAGGUCGGGACUUGUAAAUCAUGACUUGAACUCAGAGUCAGACUUGAGUCACUAUUUUUAGGAUUUAGACUUGACUUGACAAAAUGGACUAAGACAUGGGACUCCACUUGGACUAGAUCAGGAGAGUCAAACUCAAAUUCACAGAGGGUCAAAUGAAAAACUGGGACUAAGUCGUGGGCCAGACUAAAUAUUUAUGGAAAAAUUUCAACAACAUCUGCAUGUUUUCUCUUCUUUCGAGACUUGUAAUGUUAAACCUUUUCUUACUAAAAUAAAUGUUUAAUAAUAGUUUUGCUUAAACAUCAAAUCCAGAACAAGCAGAAUAUAAAAUAAUAACAACAUUGUAAAUAAAUCAUGUCUCUAGAGUCUAUCUGUAGCCGGCGGGCAGCUCUAAUACAUACUUGAUAUGAUCUUGUGGGCCAAAUAUAAUUAUACUGUGGGCCUAAUUUGGCCCCCGGGCCUGAGUUUGACAUGUUUGGACUAGAGGGUCAUUGACUUGUCACUUGACUCGGACUUGAGGCCUGUGACUUGAGAAGACUUGAUGCUUCUAAAAUAUAUAUAUGUUUUUAGGAAAUACUUUUCUCUUUACAGUUGAUAAAUACGGUGUUGAAUUUUACAGGAAUAAACUGGAACAUGUC